AUGCUUGAAGGCAUGACUUCGAUCCGAGUUCGGUAUAAUUGUCACUAAAGUAAUACGAGAUUUGUUGAUUUACGGGGUAUAAUUUUGGGAAUACGUUUUCGGUGUGCGCGAAAUGUUCGCCGCAGACGUGUUUUGGCUGCAAUGGAUAGGCGGUUUCGCAGCGAUGACUACGCUAUUUUUGAGCGGACUAUGGGCUGGCUGGACCUCACCGUACCUGGCUCAAUUUGCGUCCGGAAAUUCCCCAUUUCCCGUGACCACGAAUGAUAUUUCCUGGAUAGCGUCGAUCAGCACCCUGGGCGAAAUAUCAGGUGCAAUCCUCGGUGCAAUUUGCAUCGAAUACUUCGGCAACAGAAGAACAAUCAUCGGAAACGGUUUCACUAUACUUCUCUCGUGGAUCCUCGUCAUCGCGGCGAACUCCGCAAGCUGGAUUUACGUGGCUAAAUUCAUCAGCGGGGCGACUGGCGAAAUUUCGUACAUGAGCACCUCGCUUUACCUCGGAGACAUUAGUAGCCCGAACAUUCGAGGUGCCAUGGUGACUAUGGCAUCCACCGGAGUGGUCCUGGGUAUAGUGGCGGCAAACGCGAUGGGUCCUUACAUUUCGAUGAGGGUUUUCGCCUGUAUAGCCCUCGUUCCAAACAUAUACUUCAUCGCUAUAUUCUUGUGGUUACCUGAAUCGCCGUAUUAUCUGGUGAGCAGGGGCAGAUUGGACGAUGCCAAAAACUCGAUUCUGAGGUACAACCCAAAGGCAGAUGUCCACCUCGAGGUGGAGUCCAUCAAGAACUUUGUCACCAUUGAGAAAUCAGUGUCGUUCGUCGAUCGAGUCCGAGAAUUCAACUUCUCCCGAAACAGAAAUAAUGGACUCAUAUUGAUGGCGCUGAUCAUGUUCUCAAAAUGCAGCGGUUUGGUUCCCUUGUCCGCUUACAUGGAAAUUAUUAUGACCAGAGGAUCGGUAACUGCGAUUUCACCUUCCACGGUUCCCGUCAUAGUAAACAGUGUUGGACUCAUAGCAGGGUGGACCGCGAUGUACUUCGUAGAAAAAUCUGGUCGAAGAACAAUGUGGGCAGUCUCGAGUGCUGGUAUUUGCGUUUCCAUGACCUCUCUUGGAACACACUUUUACUUUCUCAGCAUUGGACACGAUCCGGCCACGUUGCAAUGGCUACCGAUAUUAUCUGUGGUGUUGUUCAAAAUCUGGUUCAACCUAGGCGUCAGCUACAUUCCCAACAUCAUGGUCAGUGAGGUUUUUGCAUCAAAUAUACGGACUCUGGCCGCUUGUCUUUCAUCUGUGUCGUCGGGUGUUUUUUCAUUCAUUGGAAUAUACGGUUACCAAUGGCUGCUCGAGUUGAUACAUGAAAGUUACGUCUACUGGAUUCACGCUGUGUUUAUGGUGAUAUCUUCAAUAUUUGGUUGGUUCCUAGUGUCGGAAACGAAAGGAAAGACUUUGAUGGAAAUACAAAAUGACGUGAUAUAAGACGAACUUAUGUGCCACUGAAAAAAUAUAAUAUAUUCAUAAAAAAUACAACGGGGGAAAUAAAAUGCCAGGAAUUAAGUGAAAAACAAUGAAACAUAUAUCCAUAAUGGAACUUCAAGGUGCAUAUGAUAAUAUUACCAGCAUAUUGUAAACAUUAUGCAACUCACGUUUUUACGGGAAAGUGUAUAGUAUCGAUAUUAAAAUUUGGAAAUUCAAAAUCAUUCGAUAUACCUCGUGAUUACAGUGGUAUCCUUUUGCUUGAGCGGCAGAAAUCAAGUGAUGGAGGAUUGAAAAUUUGAAUUUCUCAUUGUAUUAAAAAGAAGUGAGGAGGCAGAAUUUUGAAGAUUUUAAUGUUUCUCGGUGAUAAAAAUAUAGUGGAAGAUGUGGUUUCGUUAUUGGUAUACUCGUAAACAUAUCUCAGUUCGAAUUUGAAUAUCUAUUUUGGUAUUGUGGUCUCCAGUUGCCAGACUUGUCGAUUGGUCUGCACGAAACAAUACGUUAUGUGUAUUUUGCAUGGAUGAUAGACGGGUCUGUUAUCAAUAAGCUGAAGACUUGAAUGCAUGACCCUAGCACGGAUACGCCAUGAAUACGAUUGAGACAGUGAGGAGCUUUGAGGAAUACAGUUUUAAUUAGAUGAUGUGAUUAACAGUCUUGUUAAAUUAAAAGUUCGGACUCAUGUUGGAUUAAUGUGAGAAACUUAAGGAAAUCGGGUCGCAUUUUUUCUUUUCCCUGAAAAAAAAAACAUAAUCACGGUUUAUACAGUUAACUGUACUUCAUUUGUUUUUUAAUAUAGAGCAUUCUCUGUCAGUUCGGGGUUUUUCUUCGGGACCCACUCAUUGUCAGAUGUCACUUAUAAAUGAUAGCAUUUUUAUACCAUUUGAAUGUAUUCUCUCUAUGAUCUUUCACACUUUUGAAUCAAUCCUUUUGGGAGAUUAAUUUUUUCUAAUAAUUUAUAUCACUUGAAUCGAGUAAGUCUAGCAGAAUAGUUAUAAGUGAAAAAAAUGUUGUUUUACACUUUCUCCAAAGUCUUAGUUUGGAAUCACAUCAGAUCAACCUUUAGCGUCACUCUGUGUUCACUUAUCGACGGUUCUAUGUGUAUACGGAUAGUGGUUUCACGCUCAGACUUUUGAGAAAAAUAAUUCAACGCCAAUAAAUAACCUAUGUCCACUAUUCCAAUUAUUCUGUAUAGGUUUUCACAUAAUGGUAUAGAUUAUAUAAUAUUUCGAACAAUCUCGAAGGUGUCCGUUCAAGUGAAAAA